AAAAGAAGGAAAGAGAGGAAGGAAGACUACGCAGAGAGGAGAUCAGUUCUGAGAUCCAGGAAACGGUUUGGGAAAAGGCGGAGGAGUAAAAGGGAAAUAAAAGAGGGGGGACCCCAAAAUGGAUCUCUCUCUCUCUCUCUCUCUCUCAUCUCCUCUACCUCUGCUCCUUCCUCCAGCCUUAGCAGAACUUAUGUGGCUGGGAUGGGGGCCCUCGGGUGUCAAAACUUUGAAGAUUAAUGGAUUACUUUGUUAAUGACUGCAGGCGUCAAACUGAGGCGCUUAAAUGAUUUGUGAGGUGCGAGGCGUCUUCCCGACAGUCCCAAACAAUGCGCGGAGUGUGCGGGGGAGGCGGAGGGCGGCCGCAGCCGGCUCACAGUCCACACUCCGCACUCACACAGCGCCAGGCGCACACACCAGGUCGCUGCGCCUGGGAAGGCAGGCAGGCACCCUCGCCCCCACGCACUCCCGGGCAUCCCCACCCACACCCACAUAUAUGUAUUUUUGCCCAGAAAAAAGUGUAAAUAAAGCCUCGCUGGCCCCCAAUGAGGCGUUCCUUCCCGACUUUUUUGGAUCAAUCAAACAGACAGUGGCUUCUUUUGAUUAAAGCCCAAAUUGUCAUUGGGCAGAAGCAAUCAUGUGACAGCCAAUUCGGUCCAAUUUCAACCUUGUCUCCAUGAAUUCAAUAGUUUAAUAGUAGCGCGGUCCCCAUACGGCUGUAAUCAGUGAAUUAGAAAAAAAACACCCCAGCAGCGAUCUUCUAUGAUAGAUUUUUUUCCCCCUCCGCACUCGCCUUUUUCCCGGGCCUCGCCCCCCCAAAGCCCCUCCAGAAGAGGGAACUUUUUCUCCGAGGGGGCUCCAAGCAGAAGGCCAUGAAUUACGAAUUUGAGCGAGAGAUUGGUUUUAUCAAUAGCCAGCCGUCGCUCGCUGAGUGCCUGACAUCUUUUCCCCCUGUCGCUGAUACAUUUCAAAGUUCAUCAAUCAAGACCUCGACGCUUUCACACUCGACACUGAUUCCUCCUCCUUUUGAGCAGACCAUUCCCAGCCUGAACCCGGGCAGUCACCCUCUUCUGCUAUAUUUAUUCUCCAGUGGACUAACCCCACUCGGACCCCUCCGCCUCCAACUGCGCGCGUGUCUCUCGUUGGUUUCCCUUUCCGCAGAGUCCCUGGACGUGGCCGAUGGCAGCGGAGGAGGCUCCCGGCGCCUGAGGACGGCGUACACCAACACGCAGCUUUUGGAGCUGGAGAAGGAAUUUCACUUCAACAAGUACCUCUGCAGACCCCGCAGGGUGGAAAUCGCGGCGCUGCUGGAUCUGACCGAGAGACAAGUCAAAGUGUGGUUUCAGAACCGCAGGAUGAAGCACAAGAGGCAGACCCAGUGCAAGGAGAACCAGCACGGCGAGGGGAAAUUCAAAAGCCUGGAGGACUCGGAGAAGGCGGAGGAGGACGAGGAGGGGAAGUCGCUCUUCGAGCAAGCCCUGGGCGUCUCGGGGGCCCUUCUGGAGAGGGAAGGCUACACUUUCCAGCAGAACGCCCUCUCCCAGCAGCAGGCUCCCAACGGACACAAUGGCGACUCCCCGAGUUUCCCCGUUUCGCCUUUAACCAGCAAUGAGAAAAAUCUGAAACAUUUUCAGCACCAGUCACCCACUGUUCCCAACUGCUUGUCAACAAUGGGCCAGAACUGUGGCUCGGGCCUAAACAAUGACAGUCCCGAGGCCCUCGAGGUCCCCUCUUUGCAGGACUUCAGCGUUUUCUCCACAGAUUCCUGCCUGCAGCUUUCAGAUGCAGUCUCGCCCAGCUUGCCGGGUUCCCUCGACAGCCCUGUAGAUAUUUCAGCUGACAGCUUUGACUUUUUCACAGACACACUCACCACAAUUGACUUGCAGCAUCUGAAUUACUAAAAACAUUAAAGCAAAACAAAGCAUCACAAAACAAAAACCCCUUUGACCAGGUGGUUUGGCCUUCUUUUAUUCUGAGAGUUGAUUUUUAUUUUAUUUUUUUACCCUCUUUCUCCUCUAAAUGUUGGAGAUUUUCUGUUUAGUGAGUCCCCCGACCCAGUCUCAGAGGCAUCUUUUACAAGUUACUUUGGAGUUUUAGUUGUUUUAAAUCUAAUCCAACAACCCCCCGUGAUUUACUGAAAGCAAUAUAUGAGGCCUGCAAGAAAGUGACCAUACAACUGUAUCUUCACUUUCUUUUUAUUUUUGUAUUACAUUAGGAUGCAUUGUCAUGCGUAUUUUUGGUAGAAUAAAUUCUCCUUUGCUAUAA